AUGCCUCAGCGGGCUCGGGAGUGGCGGUCCUUUUCAGACCUGUUCCGGGAGGGAGCCGGGUGCAGGCAGGAACUGAAAUUACUAUGCAAAGAGCAGAGGCGGCGCGCAGGAGCCGGGCGGAGACCGCGGGGGCCACCCCCCACUCCCGGACUGCAGCCGCCGCCGCCCGGCACUGAGCCAAAUUGGAGGUGGGAGUUCACGUGCCCGACUGCUCGUCCGUCAGGCCCGGGCUGCGCCCAUCUGUCCUCGCCGGGCAGCGCUGCCCUGCCGGAACAUCCGAGGAAGGGGCGGCAGGAGCGCAGGCAGCGGCGGCCGAAGCACCGGCAGCACCGGCUGCACCGGCGGCGGCGGCAGCAGCAGCAGCAGCAGGACGCCGAGCUCCGCCCCCGCCGCGCCCCCGCCCAGCCUUCCGUCCCGCGGGAAGGGGUUGCGGCGGGGCUGCUGCGGGCCAGGGGGCAACCGGGCACCCGCUGGCGGGUUGCGGUGCUGCUGCAAGGAGACCGGCAGCAGGUGGAAAGUUCAGAAGGAGAUUAA